CGAUUUUGCGUUGUCGGAAUCGGAUUUCUGUUCUCCGUCUUUCUUUGCAUCAGCUCCUGCUCAACAACUCCAUCACUCUUGCGGAGUAGGAGACCAUGAGCAGCUGGAAAAGUCUUCUUCUACGAAUUGGCGAUAAAUGCCCCGAAUAUGGAACCUCCGACUUCAAAGACCACAUUGAAACAUGUUUUGGUGCCCUUCGACGAGAGCUAGAGCACUCUGAAAGUGACGUAUUGCAAUUCCUUCUGGAUUGUGCUGAGCAACUUCCUCACAAGAUCUCUUUAUAUGGAACUGUGAUCGGCUUGAUUAACUUAGAAAAUGAGGACUUUGUAAGGAAACUAGUGGAGAAAACUCAAAUUGAUUUUCAGGAUGCCUUAGAUUCUGGAAACUGCAACAGGGUUCGCAUUUUUCUGCGGCUUAUGACUGUCCUGAUGUGCAGUAAGGUUCUUCAACCAAGUUCUUUGGUGGUUGUCUUUGAAACAUUGUUAUCAUCAGCUGCCACAACAGUCGAUGACGAAAAAGGGAAUCCCUCCUGGCAACCAUGUGCUGACUUUUACAUAACUUGCAUUUUAUCAUGUCUCCCGUGGGGUGGAGCAGAACUUGUGGAGCAAGUUCCUGAGGAGAUUGAGAGAGUAAUGGUUGGCAUAGAAGCUUAUUUGAGCAUCAGAAGGCACACUUCUGACACUGGUUUAUCCUGUUUUGACAGUAAUUAUGAAACUGAGAGAAGUCUUGGUGACAAGGACUUCUUGGAAGAUUUAUGGGAUAGAGUACAAUCUUUAUCUAACAAUGGAUGGAAAGUUGACAGCGUUCCAAGGCCUCAUCUUCCAUUUGAAGCCCAGCUGGUUGCUGGAAAGUCCCAUGAAUUGGGACCGAUAAGCUGCCCAGACAUACCGAACCCACCUCCAAUCCCUUCUGGCGUAGCUUAUGGUAAACAAAAGCAUGAAGCUGAAUUAAAAUAUCCUCAAAGAAUACGACGGCUUAACAUAUUUCCUCCUAGUAAAACUGAGGAUCUACAGCCGAUAGAUCGAUUUGUUAUGGAAGAGUAUCUCCUAGAUGUGCUUCUGUUCUUCAAUGGCUGUCGAAAGGAAUGUGCUUCUUUCAUGGCUGGCCUGCCAGUGCCCUUCAGAUAUGAGUAUCUUAUGGCAGAGACAAUUCUCUCUCAGUUGCUGAUGCUACCCCAGCCCCCUUUCAAGCCAAUAUAUUACACACUGGUCAUUAUUGACUUAUGUAAGGCUCUUCCUGGAGCUUUCCCUGCAGUUGUAGCUGGAGCAGUUCGUGCUCUGUUUGAGAAGAUUGCUGAUUUGGACAUGGAGUGUCGGAUCCGCCUCAUUCUUUGGUUCUCUCACCAUUUAUCAAACUUUCAGUUCAUAUGGCCGUGGGAAGAGUGGGCUUACGUCCUAGACCUCCCUAAGUGGGCUCCACAACGUGUGUUUGUUCAGGAAGUUUUGGAUAGAGAAGUUAGGCUGUCUUAUUGGGACAAAGUUAAGCAGAGCAUUGAGAAUGCACCUGGCUUAGAAGAGUUGCUUCCUCCAAAGGGUGGACCAAACUUCAAAUAUGGUGCGGAAGAUGAUAAAGAGAACACUGAACAUGUACUUUCUGGAGAACUGAACAACAUGGUUAAAGGGAGGGUGCCUAUCCGUGAAAUGAUUGCAUGGAUUGAUGAACAUGUUCUCCCCAAUAAUGGCCUAGAAGUUACCCUCAGAGUGACCGUACAAACUCUUCUAAAUAUUGGAUCCAAGAGCUUCACUCAUUUAAUAACAGUCUUAGAGAGAUAUGGACAAGUCAUUGCAAAAGUGUGUCCUGAUCAGGAUAAACAAGUCAUGUUGAUAGCUGAAGUGAGCUCUCUCUGGAAGAGCAAUACUCAAAUGACUGCUAUAGCAAUUGACAGGAUGAUGGGUUAUAGGCUUGUAUCAAAUUUAGCCAUUGUCAGAUGGGUCUUCUCUCAAGAAAAUAUUGAGCAAUUUCAUACCUCAGAUCGUCCAUGGGAGAUUCUUCGAAAUGCAGUAAGCAAGACAUUUAACCGUAUUUCUGAUCUAAGGAAAGAGAUAUUAUCUGUUAAGAAGAGUAUCGCUCCAGCUGAAGAAGCUGCCAAGGAGGCAAAAGCAGAGUUAGAUGCUGCAGAGUCAAAACUUACCCUAGUAGAUGGUGAACCAGUUCUUGGUGAAAAUCCUGUGCGGGUGAACCGAUUGAAAUCUCGAGCUGAGAAAGCAAAGGAGGAAGUGGUGUCCCUUCAAGAAUCUUUAGAAGCUAAGGAAGCUCUUCUUGCCCGGGCAGCUGAUGAAAAUGAGGCAUUAUUUCUCUCAUUGUACAAAAGCUUUUCGAAUGUGUUGAUGGAGCGUCUUCCGGAAGCAUCAGCAGCUCGAACACUUAAUGAAUUAAAGUCUAUGCAUGUUGAUGAGAUGGCUGUUGACCCUGAAGAGAAAUCAGCUAUGGACUUGGACAAUGAAAAUCAGGCACAUCAAACGAGUCAGUCGAAUGGUGGGAGGACAAAGAAUGCUUAUAAUGUUGGUGAGAAAGAGCAGUGGUGUAUCACCACUUUAGGAUAUGUAAAGGCCUUUUCUAGGCAGUAUGCUGCUGAGAUAUGGCCCCAUAUUGAAAAGUUGGAUGCCGCGGUAUUGACAGAAGAUGCGCACCCUCUUUUUCAGGAAGCCGUCUAUUCUGGUCUUCGAAGACCAACUAACGAGGCUUAAUCUAUUUUUCAUUUUCCCUGUUUUUCACUAUUUUUUUUAUAAAAAUAAUCCAUUUAGGUUGAUGGGUUAGGAUCCUCACUCUAGUGAUAGAAAGGGUUAAGUCUGUAUCCUGUUGUAAUAUAAAAGACUAGCAUUUCUUGGUAGAUGAGUAGUAGCGGUUCAAUGCUGAAUGAGACUUGACCAUUGCGGGUUAAUAUGUUUUCUUUCUAUCUUGGCCGUCUUGCCUUGGAAGUUUAAGCACGCAUACUCUCUGGAGCCUGAUAAGGCACGUAAUGGAAGGGCUGCUUCGUAGAUUUUAUACCAUUUGCCAUCUUGUUGAUGUACGUGAUGAAUACGCAUAUUGAGUCGACUAGGCUAUUCCAUUCUGUGUGCUGUGUGAAUUUUUUACUACUCCUCCGGUCUUUAAUAUAAGAUUUAAUU